AUGUCGUUAUUAACACUCACGGGCAAAUAUGGUGCUGGGACAAAUCCCUUCUCAUCGGAACACUCACCCGUGGAUGAAUGUCGUGCAUCUUUGGUUUUGGGUCUAUCGGGGUGUCUCACUGGGUUAUCCAUCCUUGUAGUUGUUUUGCGAUGUUAUUGCCGUGGCCAGAUCGAGAGGCAUUAUUGGUAUGAUGACUUUGUCAUAUUUUUUGCCACGAUAUGUUCAAUUAUCGUCCUCGCUUGUUUCAUAGGAGAAUCAUACAGUGGCUUGGGAUGCUAUAUUUUAUUCCUUAGCUCCGAGGACCGCGAAUACCUGGCAAAGAUAGGAUAUAUCCAUGAGAUAUUUGGACUUCUUGGAAUCAACGCGGUCAAAAUAUCCGCCUGCUUUUUUAUGCUUCGGACUAUAAGCCAAGCCAAUAUUCGGAAUUCAGCUAAAGCAAUGAUUGCGUUUGUCCUGGCCUUCACGGUCCUUACGGUCAGCGUACUUAUUUUCCAAUGCGUACCAGCUACUACCCUCUGGAACUCCAGCCUGGAACCUGGUUCUCAUUGCCUUUCGCUCAAAUCCUACGUGACUAUCGGCUUAGUCACCGAUUCCGUUAACGCUGCAAUCGAUCUUAUUUUAUCGACCUUACCACUCCCUCUUUAUUACAAUUCUAACUCCAGCAAAUAUUCCCGAGUUGCAUUGAUUGGAAUUGUUGCUCUUGCAUACAUUGAAAGUGAUUACACCCUUUGGACUAGGACUCCUAAAUGGCCGACUAGCAGCCCUGACACGAACGACCACAUUUCAGCCAACCGCCAUAUUCGAAUGGGCUCACAUUCCCUACGAAGACAAAGCCGAUCCACCCUCAAUGACCACCAUGCGAGUAGCAUCACUACUCAGCACUCCGAUCCGGAACAACAGCAUAUCACUAGAUAUCCCUCAAGCCAUUAUAAAGUUGAAGUUAGCGCUUCGAGGCAACCUAGUUCUCAAAAUGAUAUGAGACGAGAUGCUAUUCUUGCCGCUGGGCGGUCAGGGUUUCCAGCCAUUGUGAGAACUACUGAUGUAUAUAUACACACGGCGAGUGGGAACAAAGGCGAAUAUGAGGAAGAUGUUGAGAACACAAGUGCAGAAAUUCCGCCUGCUAAGUGA